UGACGUCUUCCAUUACUGACGCCAGACGCUUGUUUUGGAGGAAGUGAGAACGAGAGAAAGAGAAGCGAGCCGAGUGAGCAAACCGUUGGAACUCGCUGUCACUCAGCGGGAAAGGCGUGCAGCACCCACUCAGCCGGGCAUCGGCGAAGGAUUCCUUCUCUGCCGAGCUAGGAGACACCAGGGAAGUUGUAACACAAUGACUUCUAGGAAGAAAGUUUUGUUGAAGGUGAUCAUCCUAGGCGAUUCUGGAGUAGGGAAGACAUCGCUCAUGAACCAGUAUGUGAAUAAGAAGUUCAGCAAUCAGUACAAAGCAACAAUAGGAGCUGACUUCCUCACAAAAGAAGUAAUGGUGGAUGACAGGCUCGUCACAAUGCAGAUUUGGGACACGGCAGGGCAGGAGCGAUUUCAGUCUUUGGGAGUAGCCUUCUAUCGGGGGGCAGACUGCUGCGUAUUAGUAUUUGACGUCACCACAUCCAACACCUUCAAGACUCUUGACAGCUGGCGAGAUGAGUUCCUGAUACAGGCAAGCCCACGUGAUCCUGAGAAUUUCCCCUUUGUAGUUCUGGGCAACAAGAUUGAUCUUGAAAACAGACAGGUCACAACAAAAAGGGCACAGGCAUGGUGCCAGAGUAAGAAUAAUAUCCCUUAUUUUGAAACCAGUGCCAAGGAAGCCAUCAAUGUGGAGCAGGCCUUUCAAACCAUUGCCAGAAACGCACUUAAACAGGAGACAGAAGUUGAGCUAUACAAUGAAUUUCCAGAGCCUAUUAAACUAGACAAAAAUGAGAGAACAAAGCCGACACCUGAUAAUUGCAGCUGCUGAAACCCACCAGAUGUUUCUGUGCUUUACCCCAUUCCCUUUCCUCCUCAUCAGACCUCUAGUACUUUAAUCCUUUGGUCCAGUACCUUGGCACUUCCAUCUUAUGUUGUGCCUGCAGCGUUCAUACACCGUUCAAUAUCUUUUAUCUGAAAUAUGAUUUGUUAAAACAGUAUAACUAUAAACUCUAGCCAUACAUCCUUCCCAUAUGCCUUUUAAAACUCCCUCUACCCCAACAAGUCUGGACCUUGCUGCUUUGUUGCUCUGGCCUGCAGGCCGUUCUGAGGCCUUCCAUAUCUUGAAAAUGGACGGUAACCAGUAGAAAGGCAUUUUGUGAACCCUGUGUUAUGCUCCUGGAUGUCAUGAUAAGUGGACUGUGUGCCAGGUAUCAUGCAGGUUUUACAGGGCAAAGCAGAAGCAGAGUUGGACAGCCAAUCUUUUACACACCUGUGAAUUUUUCUAUUGAUCAUGUGGUCUCGGUUUGUACACCAUUUUUGCUGGCUAUUGAUUCAGAUACAACCAUAGUCAAUGCGUCCCUCUUUUGCCUGCUUGCUGUGGUGCCCUACCCUAUUAGUACACUAGAAGGGCUUGAACUAUGAUUCGGCCAGAGAUGGACACAUGCUGCUUUUGCUCUCACCCGCUGACCUGAUGCCUGUGACUCCUCUAUUCCUGCUGUUGCAUCUUCCACUGCAUCAUUAAUGCACGUGAUUAAUCUUGUUAGCUGGAUACCUUACCUACCUUUCAUCCUCCAUAACCCUCUCCACCUUAGCUACUACCCUACACUUGCCAGUUGGACACUGCAGAAUAACUUUUUUUUUUUUUUGCUGUAGAUAUCCACUUUGUUCAGCUGUUAUACGCACUUGUUAGACCCUGGAUAUGUUUACCAUAAUUAUUUCUUGUAGGUAGCAAAUUUUGUCUAUUUAUAAAAAUUUAAAACAAUGCAUAUCAAUCUAUAUAAAGAAACGAUAUAUAGAUAUACCUUCAGAGAGGGUUACAUAUCUAUAUUAUGUAUGUGUGUAUGUAUGUUUGAUAUGCAAGCAAAUUGAGUUAAGUUUGGAUUGAUCUUACACAAAUUAUUAAGUUUGUGUUUCUUUUACAACCUUGUCAAAAGAAAAACCGUGAAACAAGAUGGAAGCCCAGCAUCUGCUCCUUUUGUGUCCAUCUCUGUGAAAGGCCAAGCUAUUGACAUGUUUAUCUGCCCGGCUGGUCUGCAGGUCUGCUCAGAUUGGCCAGAUUUUUGUUAAAUGCUUGUUAUUACUUUUAACCAGUCUGAUCUUUUACAAUAUACAUGUAUUACAUUUAGCUUCUUAAAAAAAAAAAAAGAAAAAUCUUGUAAUAAUUCAUCAUGGUAUUAUUAAUGAAAUAAUAAAUGCAACACGUGAGAUUGUUUAAAAUCUA